UUAUGCGCUGGCGCAAUGCAUCUAAGCUUCCUAGAAAAUUUGACGGCGAGGGGAACAAAGAUGGCUAUGACUAUGUCCGCCAUUUUCUAAAGUGAGAUAGAACAAGUUGUUUUCCCCAAUUUUCUCCAAAAUUACGCCGUUUUCUACAAAAUUUUGAACGGGUGAUGCACUUACUAGCCCGGAUUUACGUUUAUUCGACAUCAGAAUACAGGAUCACAUCGAAAAUUCUAUCUUUUUUCCCAAAUCGAGUUCGGCGUCUUGGAGGAGCGUUUUAGUGAUAGAGGAGACUAGUGGCCAACAAUGUUCGACCCUAACGCAAUAACUACACAGCAGUCACAAAUUCAGUAUCAGCAGCAGCAACCCCAGCAAACAGACAAAGACAAGAACCAGGAUGGCACCCAAAAGGAGAGCUUCCCAUCCUUCUGUUACGCCAAUGUUAACAUGAUUCAUAAGAUCACCCCCAACACCACCCAACCACAGCACUCCACAGUCAACAUGUCCCAGCUGUCGGAUGAUAAGUGCUAUAUAACUCAGCCCUUUAGUUAUAAUUAUGCCCUUGUUAACCAGAUGUCGCUGACGCAGAACACUAUUACUUUCAAGUGUGAGAUUUGCGGCCUCAUGUUCGCCCACCUCUCUCUAUUGAACCACCAUAAGAGGACAACACAUCAGCAAGGAGAUCAAGAAUUUUUCACAGGUCAGAUCCAGCAGCCACAACAAAUCACGUUACAGGUACAGCCGCAACAACAACAAGCAACUCAGAUCCAGAUUGUAUCAGCCGAUCGUAUUAGGUUUUCUUGCGAGGAAUGUGGACUGACCUUUGCUACGCAGCAAGAACUUAAGACGCACAAGAUCCAAAGUCAUGGAGCUACCCAACAGGUGGUCACUACACAGGUAGUGACUACUCAAGCUCAACCAAACACUCUGAAAAUUAAGAACUGUGAGAGCUGUGGAGCUCCACUGCCCCAGGACAACAACAAGAAGAGAGCUGUCAUGAAAGUCAAGUGUGAGAGCUGCCUAUCUGCUGAAGCAAUACAACCUCAGAUCUUUGUGGUGGCGACUGCACCUGACACCUCUACUGUUAAGUUUGAGGAGUCCACUGGUACACAGACUACCACUACAAAUCUUGAAUUUCAAAACACAGGGACCCAGAACACUAUCCCAAUUGGUGUUAAAAAUAACCAUCCUGUGAAGAGAAGGGGUUUUGCAAGCGCCAUGAAAUGCACUAAAUGCAAUGGAAGCGGCAUCAUCUUCAUUGGAGGUACAAAAAACCAACAGAACAACGUGGAUAAACCAUUCCACUGUAACAUUUGCAAUGGAUCUUUUAGUAGGUAUUCUUCACUAUGGUCACACAAGAGGUUACAUACAGGCGAGAAAAACUUCAAGUGCAACAUAUGUGGAUUGGCUUUUGCGAAAGCAGCCUACCUAAAGAAUCAUUCCAGGAUACACACAGGAGAGAAGCCCUAUAGAUGUAAUGUUUGUGGCAUGCAGUUCUCUCAAUCUCCCCAUCUUAAGAACCAUGAGCGCAUUCACUCAGGAGAAAGACCUUACGUCUGCGAGGUAUGUGAGAAAAAGUUCGCUCGUCACUCAACUUUGUGGAACCAUAGGCGAAUUCACACCGGCGAGAAACCCUAUAGGUGUGACAUCUGCGGCUCUUGCUUUAAUCAAGCAACGCAUCUGAAAAACCACGCCAAAGUUCAUUCAGGAGAAAAGCCCUUCAAGUGCGAUAUUUGUGCUGUGGGGUUCUCAGAUAGGUUCGCUCUCAAGCGUCAUAGAAACAUCCACGAAAAAUACGGUCGUACCAAGCCCCAAGUGACAACAUCUUCUACAGAAGAGACCCAAACUGUCAACACCACAACAGACUCCAACACUUCUAUGCCAUCUACAGUCCAGGAAUCCCAAGAAAUUGAAGCCCAAUAUGAAACAAAAUAUGAGGAAGAGGAGCAUGUUGAGCUCACAGAAGAGAUGACUGACAUAUCGGAAUUGCAAGUUCAACUUGCUUAAAGAAGCUUAUUUUAUAUUUCCACGUCUAGCCAAAUUAUGUGCCAUGUCUUUAGAUCUGCAUAAGGGCAUAGUAAAAAUUAGCUAUGAAAUAUUAGAACUCCUGAAUGAUAGGUUACCAAGUAACCUAACUUUUUGACAUUACAUUAUAGGUUAAGAGUGAAUCAAAGAAAGCGCUGUGUUAGUAGGGAUAUGUAUUUAUAUUAUAGAUCAAUAACCCGAACAAUAAUUUCAGUUUUUAACCGAAGGCUUCCCUACUCAGAAUAAAGACUUUCCAAAAUGAUAAUUUGUGAUAAGUAGUCAUUAGUGCCAUCUUAAUCUAAUUGAUGAGCGACGUCAUUUUACUUUCAUUCAUUUAUUUUUAUUAUUUGGAAGUGAUUCAAUUGAAUUUGAAAAUAUUUCAUCAGAAAGAUUAUGUUGAUUCUUGCAAGAAAUUCUAUAUUAUGAAUUGAAUUUUUUUUCAUUCACUAAUCGUUUUAUGCGUAAUUUGUUAUUUCAAUUAUCAAAGCAAUAUUGUUAUACAUUUUUACUUGUUCUUUGAAAAAUGAAGAAAAGGUGUUUACCAUGAUUUUAGGUUUUUUAAUCUUGAUUUGUGAAAUAUUGAAUAUUGUUCAUUGAUGUAAUGUAUGCGAGUCACUCUAAAUUGUACAUAUAUAAUAUGAAUGAAUAAUUUAGUUUUUUAGAAUAUAUCGUCUUUAAUA